AUGGAGACGUCCAGUCGCCCCAGCAAGCAGCAACCACAGUGCUUUGGUCUUUGCUUAAAAUUUACUCUGCUUGGUAUUAGUUUUCCUUUUCGUGGUAUUAUGGAUGGGAACAAGCGGAACUUUUUCAAGAAACGCCCUAAUGUCCAGUUUAAAAGAAAAGGAGGUAACAACAACUACAAGAAAGGAAACUGGAAUAAUUCAACCCGUGAACAACCUUUAGAGAAUUAUCAAUCCCUGGACACAGUGUAUCGUAUACUCUGCCCUUCUAAAAGAAUCGGUGGUGUUAUUGGAAAAGGUGGUGGCAUAGUCAAAGCCCUGAGAGAAGAAACGCGGGCAACGAUAACGGUUGCUGAUUCUGUUCUAGGCUCAGAUGAGAGAGUAAUUAUUAUCUUUAGCUCUCCAACAAAAAUUUCAAGUAAACAAAAUAAUGAUGGAGAUUCAGCUGAGGAAAAUGAACUGGAGCCCAUGGACCCGCACUGUGCUGCCCAGGAUGCUCUCUUGAAAGUUCAUAACAGAAUUGUAGAGGAAGAUCUUUUUGGUGGAAUUACAUUUGAUGAUGACAAUGAGAACAGUGUUGUCACCGCAAGGCUUCUAGUUCCAAACAAAAUGGUGAGGUGUCUUCUUGGAAAGGGUGGAGAUGUUAUUCAAAGAUUACGAAGUGAGACGAGUGCAAGCAUUCGUGUGCUUCCUGCAGAUCAGCUUCCAACUUGUGCUAUGGAAACUGAUGAAUUGGUGCAAAUAUCUGGAAAACCAGAUGUGACAAAGGGAGCGCUGUAUGAAGUGUCUAUGCUACUGCAUCAGAAUCCUCGGAAGGACAAGCCUCCUUCGGGUUUUGCUCUUGAUAUAAGUUGA